CUGAGUAUAAUGCAUCUUGAAAUUUCUAGAAUAUAUUAGAAGUUUAAGCUAUGCUGUUUUACAUUUCUUAACGAGUAUGGUAAACCGUGGAGUUUUAAAGCCUAGGUCUCGGCGGUUCCUUAAACACAGGAAGCGUUUGUUGUGUGGUUUAGAAACAGAACCUCUCACAGCAAAUGCUUUGUUUAGUGUAGGCAGUGAGACGACUGGCUGGCUAGCUAGCUAGCUAGCUAUAACGUUAUUCGUCUUCUAAUUAUUUGGCGUCUUAUAUUAUUGCUUAUUUGGGAAUAUGCUGGGGUUUCUUUCAGCAAGGCAGGCUGGAUUAGACGAUCCACUUCGCUUGAGACGCGCUGAAUCAACACGAAGGGUCCUCACCUUAGAGUUGAAUCAGGAUCGAGAUGUGGACAGAAUCCAUGGCAACGGCAUUAACACCCUGGAUAUCGAAGUCAUCGAGGGCAGAUACAUGCUGUCGGGCGGAGCUGAUGGUGUGAUCGUGAUCUACGACCUGGAGAACAGCAGCAGGAAGCCUGAGUACACCUGUAAAGCAGUCUGCACCGUAGGCAGGUCCAGUCGGUAUGUACACAAGUUCAGCGUAGAGACCGUGCAGUGGUACCCUCAUGACACUGGGAUGUUUGUCUCAAGCUCAUUUGACAAAACCAUGAAAGUCUGGGACACGGAGACUCUGAAGCCAGCAGAGGUGUUCCAUUUCGAGGGGAACGUGUACUGCCACCACAUGUCUCCCAUUGCCAGGAAACACAGCCUCAUUGCAGUGGGCACCAAAGAUCCUAAAGUCCAGCUGUGUGAUCUGAAGUCUGGAGCCCGCAUUCAUGUUCUGCAAGGUCACAGAGGAGAGGUCUUGUCUGUGCGAUGGUCUCCCCGCUAUGAGCACAUCUUAGCCACAGCCAGCUCAGACAGCAGGGUGAGAUUUUGGGAUGUUCGGAAGGCCUCAGGAAGCCUAUUCACUCUAGACCAGCACAAUGGGGACAAGUCCAAAGCUGCAUCAGAGUCAGCAAACACAGCACACAACGGCAGGGUGAACGGGCUGUGCUUCACGGGCGACGGGCUCUACCUGCUGACCACAGGGACGGAUGACCGCAUGAGGCUGUGGAACAGCUCCACGGGAGAGAACACUCUGGUGAAUUAUGGGAAGGUGGCAAACGAGAGUCGUAAAGGGCUGAAGUUCGCGGUGUCGCGGGGCUGCAGCCCGGAGUUUGUGUUCGUGCCGUGCGGCAGCUCCGUGGCGGUUUACGCCCUGCACACGGGCGAGCUGGUGACCAUGCUCAGGGGACACUACAACAACGUGGACUGCUGCGAGUUUCACCCCGACUACCAGGACCUGUACAGUGGGGGAAAAGACUGCAACAUCCUGGCCUGGGUGCCCACCCCACGCAAACCUGACAUUGAGGAUGAAGGACGGGGAGAGAAGGGCGAAGGCCAGGCGGCACUGAAUCCUGCCUUUGAAGACGCCUGGAGCAGCGGCAGCGAUGAGGACUGAAGUCCCUACACUGUCAUCCUGCACUCGAAAAUACAUCGCUGUGGCAACGCUCUGAUUGACAGCCUCCUCUAUAUUGCCAAACUGUCAAAACUGUCUCCUUUUUUUCUAUGAAAAUAAUAGUUUAGCUGGUCAAAGUAUAGUUUGACUUGGAUUAUGGAUGGGAUUUUCAAAGACAAAGGAGAGGAAAGAGGAGUAUGUAGAAUAUGUGUGUAAAUACAUGCUGUGUACUUUUUUAACUUCUUGAUCAUUGUGAUGUCAGUCACCUUAAACCCGUUUACCUGCCUGAGGAUUUCUGCAUCGUUUGAAAUGGACACGUCUCCUCGUUUCUCCUCUGACGUUCCCGUGUGUGCUGGAGGUGCUGCGCGCUCAUGGCGGGAUAGCACGGAACCUGUAAAACAGACGACAGAUAAUGAGCUCAUUUGUUGCAGUUGUGGUUGGGUCGUGUUGUGGUUAUUUAGAAUUUUUUUUUAUACGUUUCCACUUCAUGCAUCACUGUUUUGGAGUCGCCAGUUGGACAUGUUGGCUGGUGUCACCACGGUAACCGCUGUACUCAUGCAGGAGCCCUGGGGAGUAGCCAAUGCAGUCGUUAGGUGCACUCACACACCAACCACCAAUAUUCAACAAAAUGCCUAUUGGAGGAUGGGUGCAGUUUCACUAACAUCAUCCAGUCAAGCUGCAACCAACUGAUAAGUCAUAGGGUGCCUGAGAGUAGGGAGACAAGCAGCCCCAGCUGAGAUUCCCACCCUUAUACCCUGCAAAUGAAACCUAU